UCGGAUUCCUUUCAUCAUUUUCAGUCAAGCUGGCUUUACACUGUUGUUCGAAAUGUCAUUUAUAACGCGUUUAUUCUUCAAACAAAAAGAAGAAGAUUAUGAUACUAUUCUAUCCACCUUGGCGAAUAAUAUCAGAAAACGUCAACAGCAACUGUCCGCAAUUCGACUUCGUGAACGCCGAGCAACUUUGCUAGUAACGCUGUAUACGCUGGCAGUGUGGGUGGCCUAUGUCAGCCUGUGGUAUACCGAUUUUCUGCCAAACAUACCUGGUAGAGGCACGCGGCAGCCUUCCAAGAAAUUCGUUGGCGCUCUACCUGUCGUUUUGGGACCUAUAGUGAUUCUAUUCACAAGGAGGAUCGUGCAGAUAUGGUACAGUAGAAAGGGAGACGCUGAAGAACGUACUCUCCAACAACUGCUCAAGCAGCAGCGAGAAAAGGUUGAAGAAAUUAAAAAGAAGACCAAUUACUAUUCGACUCGAGAGCUCUUACAGCGUUACGAUGAAUCCUCUCCUGCCGCAACUCCGCUUCAACAAAGGUCUGCUCUACCUUCGCAGCCUCCGCAACCUUCUCAGCCGCCAGUUACUCCGCAACGCAAAGUCUUUCCACCCAAUAACGGCUCUGUGACCCGCUCAACAGUGAGCCCAGCUUUAAUGCAGCAGCUCAACAGUCCCAUACAAUCGACACCACCUGAACCCCCACGAAAACAAUGGCUAGACAAAAUCGUAGAUGUCGUGCUCGGGGAUGAUGACUCCGCUCGUUUUGCACUCAUAUGCGAAAAGUGCUUCUCGCAUAACGGCUUAGUGAAGGAAAGCGUGUGGGAGGAUACUCAAUACGUCUGCCCCAAAUGCAAACAUUUCAAUCCGUCCAAACGUUCAAAGAAGCUCUCUGCGAGCCCCAACUCCCCGAGUUCCGUUUCCACACAAUCUUCAAGGAUGGGUGAUUCACCGUCUUCUGCUACGUCGCGCUCACCUGUUUCGCAGCCUCUCAGGCAGCGCACCCAACCAAAAUCCCCUCUCAGACAAAAUCCGACUGGGGAAGAGGACGAGAGCAUGAUGGAUGUCGAGGAUUGAUAUCGACUGAUGUAUGUACUGAGUGAUGGUUUUGU